AUGCAAAAGAAAUAUUCUUCAAAGAGUGGGAUCCGCAAACUCAUUCUUUACCUGAUAGCAAACAGUGGACAAACUGCUAAUGGCUCAGGAUUCACACAAAAAACGACGUCUUCCGGUAGUGUGGCAUCCAUCAAUGAAACCCAAACAGAAGUGAAGCUUGAGACUAUCAGGAGCCUUAUUGAUUUUGAUGAUAUUCCUGAACCACCUUUUGCUCCAGCAAUUCCUCAAAUCACACCAGUUACCGUGGUUCAACUUGCGAAUCCAACAAGUUCUGGUGAUAGCAAUUGGGCCUCCUUUGAUGUUAGACCUGUGGUAAAAGCAUAUCGGGAUCUUUCAAAUGUAAAUCCGCUUGAAUUUAUGAUGUCCCAGUUGUCUGUUCCAUCAUCCUUACCUGCUCACGUUUCUGGAGCCCAAGGGCCUUUGGCGGGAUCAGCUCCAGCUGCGGGCAACUUCACAACUUUCCCAGCCAGUGUUGCUUCAUUAACACCUCCUGGAUUGACAACGGAAUCACCUUUCAAUAAUGCAGGCCCGUGGCAUAGUUUGCAGUAUCAGCAACCGGUUAAAACUUUCACUUCUCAACUAGCUGCUGCUAGGCAAAAACAUGGAUCUCAUGUUGUAUUUACUAGAAACCGAUUCAAAAUAAGACUUGAUCAUAUUUUGGAAGACGCCUAUAAUCAAAUGAGUUAGUUGUCAGAAGAUGAUCUCUGAGGACUGAUUCGUGUGACUUUUGUCAAUGAGUUCGGAGUUGAAGAAGCUGGAAUAGAUGGAGGUGGAAUAUUCAAAGAUUUCAUGGAAAACAUCACACGGGCUUCCUUUGAUGUGCAGUAUGGAUUAUUUAAGGAAACAGCGGAUCAUUUGCUUUAUCCAAAUCCUGGAUCUGGAAUGAUACAUGAGCAACAUCUCCAAUUUUUCCACUUUCUUGGUACUCUUCUUGCAAAGGCUAUGUUCGAAGGAAUUCUUGGUGAUUUACCAUUUGCUACGUUCUUUUUGAGCAAAUUGAAACAGAAGCACAACUAUUUGAAUGACUUGCCUUCCUUGGACCCUGAAUUAUACCGUCAUCUUAUCUUUCUAAAGCGUUAUGAGGGUGACAUUUCGGAAUUGGAACUAUACUUUGUUAUACCAAAUAAUGAAUAUGGAGAGCAAACAGAAGAGGAGCUGCUUCCAGGGGGAAAGAACUUGCGCGUCACGAAUGAGAAUGUCAUUACUUUUAUCCAUCUUGUAGCCAAUCAUCGUUUGAAUUCUCAGAUACGCCAACAAAGUUCUCAUUUCUUGAGAGGAUUUCAGCAACUUAUUCAAAAGGAUUGGAUUGAUAUGUUUAAUGAGCAUGAGCUUCAGCUUCUAAUAUCAGGAUCACUUGACAGCUUGGACGUUGAUGAUUUGCGGCAACAUACGAAUUAUGCAGGAAGCUACCAUAGUGAGCAUGAUGUGAUUGAGAUGUUCUGGGAAAUACUCAAAGGCUUUUCAAUGGAAAACCGAAAAAAAAUCUUAAAGUUUGUGACAGGUUGCUCUCGGGGACCGUUGCUUGGAUCCCGAUAUCUUGAGCCUUUGUUCUGCAUACAAAUGGCUGGUGGUAAUGCUUCUGAAGAUGCUCUGGAAAGAUUACCAACAGCAGCUACCUAUAUGAAUCUGUUAAAACCUCAACCAUAUAGAAGUAAGGAUCAACUCGAGUCCAAAUUACUUUAUUCCAUGCUGUAA